AUGCCGGCCAAAGCCUCCCACAUCCCGCCGCUGAAACUCCCCGGCGCCGCCGCCGCUCCGCCGAAUCUAUUGCCGCCGGCGACGCACAAAAACUCCAAGCCCGGCAACCUCCCCCGCGCCGUAUCCAUCGCCGCCCCCGGCGGACUGUCGACGGCGACCGUACCGGAAAAAAGCAAUGCAUCAAACGACGUCGUGGCGGCCUUCUGGGACUACCAAUUCCUCUUCGUCUCCCAACGUGCCGAGACGGCGGAGCCCGUCGCCCUCCGCCUGGUCGACGGCGCUCUGCCCCUCGACUUCCCCUCCGGCACGUACUACCUCACCGGCCCCGGAAUGUUCUCCGACGACCACGGCUCCACCGUCCACCCUCUCGACGGCCACGGCUACCUCCGCGCCUUCCGCAUCGACGCCCGCCGCCGCAAAGUCCACUUCACUGCAAGGUACAUAGAGACGGAGGCGCAGGCGGAGGAGCGCGACGGCGAGACGGGGGAGUGGCGGUUCACCCACCGGGGGCCGUUCUCGGUCCUAAAAGGCGGGAAAAUGGUCGGAAACACUAAGGUAAUGAAAAACGUGGCCAAUACGAGCGUCUUGCAGUGGGGAGGUCGUCUUUUCUGUCUCUGGGAAGGCGGCGAUCCGUACGAGAUUGACCCGCACUCGCUCGCCACCGUCGGAAAGUACGAGGUUGUCGCCGCCGGCGCCAACCAAAACAGCGCCGGCGGCGCCGCCAAUCGAAUUGCAGACCAUUUCUGGGACGUCGCAGCCCAAAUCUUGAAGCCAAUCCUAUACGGCGUGUUCAAAAUGCCGGCGAAGAGACUGCUGUCUCAUUACAAGAUUGAUGUAAGAAGGAAGAGACUGCUGAUCAUGUCUUGCAAUGCAGAGGACAUGUUGCUCCCUCGCAGCACUUUUACUUUCUAUGAAUUCGACAGCAACAUGAAGCUUCUGGAAAGCCAAGAAUUCAGCAUUCCAGACCACCUGAUGAUCCAUGACUGGGCCUUCACUGAUUCUCACUACAUCCUUUUUGGAAACAGGAUCAAGCUCGACGUCGCAGGUUCGAUGACGGCGGUAUGCGGCUUAUCUCCCAUGAUAUCUGCCCUAACUCUAAACCCUAGCAAGCCUACUUCCCCCAUCUACCUUCUCCCGCGCUUCCCCGGCAGCAGCUCCCGGGACUGGCGAGUCCCCAUACAAGCACCCUCCCAGAUUUGGCUACUGCAUGUCGCCAACGCUUUUGAGAUCCGGGACCCGGUCAGUGGCGGUCUUCAUGUCCAAAUCCAGGCCAGUGGCUGCUCCUACCAGUGGUUUAAUUUCCAGAAAAUGUUUGGAUAUGAUUGGCAAAGUGGCAAAUUAGACCCUUCUAUGAUGAACCGGGAGCUUGGCCAAGAAAAGCUUCUGCCUCACUUAGUCCAGGUAAAUAUAAACCUAAAUGGGGACGGAGAUUGCGAAAAAUGCAGCAUAGACGAUCUAAGAGAAUGGAACAAACCCUCGGAUUUCCCCGUCAUAAACCAAAACUAUUCAGGCACGAAAAACACAUACAUAUACGCCGCCACAUCCUCCGGCACACGGCGGGCGUUGCCGCAUUUCCCCUUUGACACGGUGGCGAAGACAAACACGGCAAGCAAGUCAACGACCACUUGGUCAACGGGUCGACGGAGAUUCAUCGGAGAACCUAUAUUCAUCCCCAAAUGCGGACACCAUAGCCGAGAAGAAGACGAUGGAUAUCUUCUUGUAGUAGAAUAUGCCGUGGCAAUACAGAGGUGUUACCUGGUGGUAUUGGAUGCAAAAUUGAUUGGUGAGAAGAAUGGUGUGGUGGCAAGAUUUGAAGUCCCUAGACACUUGAAUUUUCCACUUGGGUUUCAUGGAUUUUGGGCUCCAGAUAAUUAUAAUUAUAAUAUUAAUAAUAUUGAUCAUGUGGAUUUUUCGAGGACUCCUAGAAAAGAGCUGCUUCCGACACCUGCUGCUGCUGUAACUCGUGUAAGAGAGCCAUGCAUUCUGUAGAUUUUGUGUGUAUAUAUAAGUCUGUAAAUAUAUUUGAUUAACGACGGCCGCCACCGC